UCCCUUGGCCUCACUCGCUACCUUUCCAGCAGUCUGCAGCCACGCGUCACCAUGUCUUUACUUCUAGUCUUCUCUCCCACUUCCACGAAGACGCGGCCAUCAGGGAAGAGGCCUUUCUGCGUGUUGCUGUUGACAUGUACCUGAAGCUGGUCCAGCUCUUCGUGGCUGGGGACACAAGCACAGUUUCACGUCCAGCCGGCAGGAGCCUGGAGCUCCAGGGUCAGCACAACCCUGUGGAAUUGAUAACAAAAGCUCGUCUUUUUCUGCUGCAGUUAAUACCUCGGUGCCCGAAAAAGAGCUUCUCACACAUGGGAGAGCUGCUGGCUGAUCGUGGGGACUGCGACCCAGAGGUGAGCACUGCCCUCCGGAGCAGGCAGCAGGCUGCUCCUGACGCCGACCUGUACCAGGAGCCUCAUCUCUUCUGAGAGGACCUGCCACUGCACACCAGCCCAGCUCCUUUGUAAAUAAUUUAUUACAAGCAUAACACGGAGCUCUUGUUGCACUAAAAAGUGGAUUACAAAUCU